AUGGAAUUCAUUCUCGCAUGCUUUCUUAUCUCUUUCCUCUCGAUUCACUUCUCCGACCUCCUAUACCUCUCAGUCAACACGCUUCUUCUACGGCUGGUGGCGGCGCUCAUCGAGCAGCACGCGUGGCCGCCGGGCUCUCUGUUUUCCGGCGACGGGCCCGGCCACCACCGCCACGAUGCUAAGGCUUCUGGCGACGGAGAUCGGGUCCAGUGGGACGCUCGUGGCGGCAAGAGUUACCUGGGGGUGACUCGGUACGAGGCGCCGUCGCCGGUGGUGUGCGUGUUCUGCUUGUCGGACAUCGAGGAGGGGGAGGAGGUGCGGGAGCUGCGGUGCGAGCACCUCUUCCACAGGCGGUGCCUGGACCCCUGGCUCGUCCUCCGGCGGUCCACGUGUCCCCUCUGCCGGGACGCCUUGCUGGAUGCGGAGGAGGAGGAGGCCGACGAUGCGGCCAUGGAUUGGCUCGCUUAUGUUCCGGUGUGGGCGUGGUGA